ACCACAAGGAGGAGCUGUUUACGAAACCGGUAAUUUACAUGGUAUCCUUACUGCUGUUCAUGAGUUAGGUCACGUCUUUGGUGCAAAUCACGAUGAAAGUGGGCCUUGUUCUACUCGUUCGAUAAUGGCACCUAUUGAGUCUCCAUCCAAUGAAGUAUGGUCACAAUGUUCAAUAAAUGAUUUUCAUAAUAACCUUAGAGAUCGAGAUUUUUCAUGCAUGUACAAUCAACCUGCUUUUGAUAAUGGUGCUGGUAAUGGUAACAACAAUCCACCAACCAUCAACACUCCGAUACCUCAUGAUCCUAAUAAUAACAACAAUCAAGCACCAACAGUGUUCCACGUCGAAAUCACCGACGAUAGAGACCAGUUAACUGUUGGUUUGAAAGAUUUUUCACAGAACCGCAAAAUAGAGAUUUACUACCAGCAUAAUAAACUAGUGAUAACCCAACGGGACACCGACUAUUCGUCAACAUCAACUGGCUACAAGCAAGACCUUCAAAUUCGUGUGGCUGAUAAUAGGAUGAUUACACUGGAUCCAUCAGAAAUAAAUCCAUCAAAAUUGAUAUAUAUUUACCACGAUAAUGGAUACAUUUACGUUUAUCAAGGUAGUAAACCUGGAAGUGACAGAAAUUAUGUACCUCAACCACCAGAUAAUGACAAUUCAGGAGGAUCUGAUCAUUGGCCGUGGGGACAUCAGUAUGCAUUUUGUUUUGGCAGAUCGCAUUUUCAAUUAAACAAAUUGGUAUCGAUAAAUUUCAGGAAUAAUAAACUAUAUGUAUCACAGCGUAAUGUUCCAAAUAAUCAGUACGUAAAUAGCCCACCUCCACCUUCUGACUUAGAGUACACUGGAUCUGAUACGAAGGCUAUAUAUAUUGUUCCUAGUAGUAUAAAACCUAAUACAGAACUUUGUGCAUGGCAAGCUAAUGGUCUGAUAUAUGUUAGAACUCGAAAUAUGAAUUCUGCACAUUAAAAAUAUUGUAGGUCU